AUGUCUACAGCUAUUAUCAGAACAGUCAAGAGUGCUGGAGCUUCGUUAGCUGGUAAAAGAACUCGUAUACCAAAGGCAGCAAUGACUUUAACUCCAGCAGCAGUUCAGCGGUUACAACAAUUAGUUAAAGGCCCCGAUCCGAAACUGAUUCGAGUAGCCGUUAAAAAUAAGGGCUGCGCAGGAUUAUCAUAUGUUCUAGAGUAUGCCAAAGAAAAGGGAAAGUUCGACGAAGAGAUCAAUCAGGAUGGUGUCACAGUUCUGAUAGAUUCAAAAUCACUUUUCAAAAUGCUUGGUUCUGAGAUGGAUUAUGUACAAGAUAAGCUUUCCUCAAAAUUCGUUUUCAAUAAUCCAAACAUAAAAGAGAGUUGUGG